AGAGAGGGCUGGUGAUGUAAACUGGAUGGCAGGCGGAGGGAGGCGCUGAAAGCCGGUAGGACGACGAGCCGGUGGAGCAAAGAGGGGAAAAAACGGAUCUCACUUAAACUUAAUUCGAUUUAACUUGAACCCACUGAACGUGAGAUCGAGGCGGAUCAGGUGGCUUCGCUCGCAUUCGUCCUGCCCUCUCUUAGCUCCUUUACGUAGUGUGUGUCUGUCUGUCUGUCUAUUUGUCUGUGUGCUGGCAUUGUCUGUCUGUGAGGUGCGCUGUGAGAGGCCGUGUGGGUUGCAGGAGGCUGUGCACGGUGACGCGAGUGUGUGGGGAGACACAGGCAGACUCUGUUUGGGCCGUUCACUAUGGGUGACAUCAGCGAUCUGGACAGACAGAUUGACCAGCUGAGGAGGUGUGAGCUCAUCAAGGAGAAUGAGGUCAAAGCCUUGUGUGCCAAAGCCAGAGAGAUUCUAGUAGAGGAGAGCAACGUACAGAGAGUGGAUUCUCCAGUUACAGUGUGUGGUGACAUCCACGGACAGUUUUAUGACCUGAAGGAGUUAUUCAGAGUGGGUGGUGACGUUCCAGAAACAAACUACCUCUUUAUGGGAGACUUUGUGGACAGAGGUUUUUACAGUGUGGAGACUUUCCUCUUGCUUCUGGCCCUUAAGGUUCGCUACCCAGACAGAAUCACGCUGAUCCGGGGGAACCACGAAUCCAGGCAGAUCACACAAGUCUACGGCUUCUACGACGAGUGUUUGAGGAAAUACGGCUCUGUUACAGUGUGGAGGUACUGCACGGAAAUCUUCGACUAUCUUUCCCUCUCAGCCAUCAUCGACGGCAAGAUUUUCUGUGUGCACGGUGGCCUCUCGCCUUCCAUCCAGACUCUAGACCAGAUCAGAACCAUCGACAGGAAGCAAGAAGUACCGCAUGAUGGACCAAUGUGUGACUUAUUGUGGUCUGACCCUGAAGAUACUACAGGCUGGGGAGUUAGCCCGAGAGGAGCAGGAUAUCUGUUCGGCAGUGACGUUGUGGCCCAGUUCAACGCAGCCAAUGACAUCGACAUGAUCUGCAGAGCCCACCAGCUUGUAAUGGAAGGCUACAAGUGGCACUUUAAUGAGACUGUGCUUACUGUGUGGUCUGCUCCUAACUACUGCUACAGGUGUGGUAAUGUGGCGGCCAUCUUGGAGCUGGAUGAGCACCUGCAGAAGGAAUUUAUCAUAUUUGAAGCUGCUCCACAGGAAACUCGAGGCAUUCCCUCCAAAAAGCCAGUGGCUGACUACUUUCUGUGAGGCUGCCGUGACUUUAGGAUUUUUUUUCUGCAGGAAGUGGAGUCCUGUGUCUACUCGUAUUUCUAUAUCUAUCCGCCCUUUCCCUGCCCAACUGUCUUAACUGUGCUUAUUUUUUUUAUUCUCUAUCAUUACAAUCUUUUCUAUUUACUUUUUGUCCUUUAUGAACAUCUACCUUCAGCACAUUCUCUUUCUCUUUGCCACAAACUCUCUCUAUUACCUGGACUUCUUUUGCCAUACAGACACACCAACACACACACACACACACACACGUGUGCACUCUUUCACACAGACAUGGCAUUCUAGUCUCUUGUGCUGCUGUGAAGUUUCUGCUCUCACAAGUAUGCCGUUAGCUGUAGGCAACUCUGUUUCUAACUAAUGUGAAUGGCACUACGGACAGUUGAGGCAAAGACUCAAAGAUUCAGAUUUGGGAGUUAUAUGCAUUACUCAUUUUUUUAUUGUAUAUUCUUUCCAUUCUAUUCUCUUAUGUUUUAAACGUGUAGGAACGCGCAAGUGACCAUUUCUGCUCUCUGUUCUAGAUUAUGCAUAUUUUUACCCCCAGUCAUAGUCUUACAGAUUUUGACUUUUGUGAAGGAAUUGCUGCAGCAAUUUACAAACGUACACUGGAAAGAAUCGGAACACAACACACAGAACCAACCUGUUUUUAGACAUGCUUUAUUUUCUUUCUCUUUUUUUUUUCUCUGACUGUUCUCUCUAUAGGUCUAAAUGUUGAUUUUUAUUAUUAUUUGUGACAAUAAACUGUACUUUUGUAUGAACAUAA